UCCAACAUAAGCAAACUUUGUCAUAAUCUCAUAAGCACCCAAAGUCAUAUUUUACACAAUAAAAGCAGAGCAACAAAAAGUCCUCCAAAUAAAGAAAUUUUAGAGAGAGAAAGAGGUAGAACAAAAGAAAAGCAUCAAAGAAAAGAAAAGUUUACAAGUUUUGUACUUCAAAUUUUGUGGGUUUUUUGUGAAAUUAAUCACAGAAUCAAAGUGUCAGGAAAUAAAAAACAUGGCAAGUUUUGGAGGAACAACUCAGAAGUGCAAGGCCUGUGAAAAGACUGUAUAUUUAGUUGAUCAACUUACAGCUGACAGUAAAGUUUAUCACAAAGCUUGUUUCAGAUGUCAUCACUGCAAGAACACCCUCAAGCUGCACAAUUAUAGCUCCUUUGAAGGGGUGUUAUAUUGCAAGCCUCACUUUGAUCAGCUUUUUAAGAUGACUGGUAGUUUGGACAAAAGUUUUGAAGCUGCUCCAAGAGCUGUUAGGGAGAGAUCUUCUGAACAGGGUCAAACCAGUAGCAAAGUCUCUAGCAUGUUUGGUGGUACUCAAGAGAAGUGUGUCUCAUGCAAGAAAACAGUGUAUCCAAUCGAAAAGGUGGCAGUUGAUGGCAAUUCUUAUCACAAGGGAUGCUUUAGAUGCUGUCAUGGAGGCUGUGUUAUCAGCCCUUCAAAUUAUGUAGCCCAUGAGCAUCGUCUCUACUGUAGACACCAUCACUCCCAGCUGUUCAAACAAAAGGGUAACUUCAGUCAAUUGGCAACUCAACAUCAUGCUAAUGGAAUUUCUGAUGGGAUUACAAAUGGAGUUUCUAAUGGGGUUACAAGUGAAGUUACAAAUGGUGUUGCAAACGGAGUAGCUGAAGGGGUGACUGAGAACACAGUAGCCUCGGCCUGAAAAAGCCUUUUAUGCUUAUCUUUAUAAUGUAAUCUUUGCUUCAGAAGAUGCUACUUCUGUAAUUCCAGAGAGAAAUGCAGCUUGCUGAGUAAUGAGCAUAGUACUGAGAGAAUUUUCCCACGCGUGUUUUAUACAAAUUUCAAGCAUAAACAAUUUAUACUAGUGUUGUGUUUCUUGCCUUUGAAUUCUUCUCUUCUCGAGUGAAUUUUGUAGCAUCAGUGUGAUUGUUAGGCUGUUUAUGAACUGUUUGUUUAUCAGCUUUAUUGAACUUGUGAGAGAAGUCGUGAAAACUAGGAAUUGUAUGUAGUACACAAUUUGUGUUAUAAAUUUCAAAAUAAUUAUAUAGUCUCCCUCCAUUCCUGAA